CUCUCUAUCGCCCGCCUUCCCUCUCUCUCUACUCCACACAGACACGCAUUCUGUCAGCGGAAAAUCCAGCUGUAGCUCAAAGUAUUCGCUUCUCUUGGAAUGCUCAAGAUUAAUUUGCCUUUUUGCCCUAUUUUUCAUUUCCUUCACAUUUAUUAUUUCUUUUGAACCUCAUAAUGCUUCAUGAGAUCUGCUGUCAAGACACGUGAGAAAGUAUGUGAAGUGAUGAAGAAGAGCAGAAGUUCUUCCACAGAGAUGAAGCACCUGCCUAUGACUCGCUUGAACGUAGGCAUUAAGACUAUGCUUAUUACCGUGAUUACAACGUCAUCGGGUUUAUAAGUCUGAAGUCAUUGGGUUUUUAAGUGUCUAGCGUGCGGUAACUUGAAUCCAGUAUUCUGGAGACAUGUCAAAUGGAGUGACAGGAUUUGCUGCAUGCAUGGUCUCUGAGUAAACUCCUUGGAGAUAACAUGAGUUAGACAAGUGUGUGCUAUGAUCAUUACAAAUGCUAAACUACUCUCUGCUGGGAGGCAAACAGUUUGUGGGAUUUAAACAAGUUGUUAUGUAGACAUGACCACUGUGUCAGUGGAGUCCCUGGUGGUGAUGGUCGAUAAAGUGCCAAAUGGAACUGAGACUCCAGUGGCAUCAUCUGCCGAAGAUGUGGCUGCAACUUUCACUAUUGGUACCAUCCUGUCCCUUAUGUGCCUUGUUGGCGUGUCAGGAAACAUUUACACCCUGGUGGUCAUGUGCCAUUCAAUGCGCUCUGCUGCCUCUAUGUAUAUAUACAUUGUUAACUUGGCAAUGGCUGAUCUCCUCUACCUGCUCACUAUUCCCUUUGUGGUGUGCACUCACUUUUUAAAGGGUUGGUACUUUGGUGAUGUGGGAUGCCGAACUCUCAUCAGUAUGGACUUCCUCACCAUGCAUGCAAGCAUUUUCACCUUGACUGUCAUGAGUACAGAGCGCUAUUUUGCUGUUCUUAAGCCUCUGGAUACAGUCAAACGCUCUAAGAGCUACCGUAAGGCCAUUGCUAUUCUGGUGUGGACAGCUUCGCUGAUUCUAACACUUCCCAUGAUAAUUGAUGUAGAGCUAAAGACAGAAAAUUCCAAGUCAAUGUGUCAGACCACACUAAGUCCUCUUUCUUACAAGAUCUAUAUCACCUCCCUUUUCUGCACCAGCAUCGUGGCACCGGGUGUCAUAAUUGGCUACCUCUACAUCUGCCUGGCCCGUACUUACUGGAUCUCACAGACUGAGAACUUUAAGCAGACCCAGAAGCUGCCAAACCACAAAGUGCUAUAUCUUAUUUUUACAAUUGUACUUCUCUUUUGGGCCUGCUUCCUUCCCUUCUGGAUCUGGCAGCUACUGGGCCAGUUCAAGCCAGAAAUGGUUCUUUCGACCAAGGCCAGGCGCAACAUCAACUAUCUUACCACCUGCUUGACCUACAGCAACAGCUGCAUUAAUCCCUUCCUCUACACUCUUCUAACCAAGAACUACAAGGAGUAUCUUCGUAAGAGGCAAAGAACCUGGACUUCUGGGAACUAUUUCAACAGGAGAAAUCGUUUCCAACGCUCUCCUCGGCGCUCACUGUCAUCCAGCAGCCAGCAGUGUACAGAGAGUUUCGUGCUCACACACAUAUCACGUACCAACAACAGCAGUCUGUGAGGGAUGGAGGUAGAGCCAGGAGCAGGCCAAGGCAACAGGCAUCUUCGCACUCAAUAGGGAGGAAGCAAGGAAAGAAGAAAAGGAGGAACAGAAGUUACUGCCUAAAACAAUUUUCUCCCCAUUCCGUACAUUUCAUGAUAAAACCUGAUAGUCAGGUUUGUCUAUCAAAUUCUUAUUUCAUGGAUAUAGUUUAAUACAUAAUUUAUUUUCGUGCUUUGUUUCUUUCCAAAUCAUUUUAUCUUCGUUGAUUCAGCAGUGUAUGGCAUCAAAUUAUAUUGCAGAUGACAUUCAGAAGAGUAGAUUAAUAUAAAUCUAUUCUAUAUUAAAGCUGAUCCCACUACUGUGAAUUUGAAAAGGAAAAUUAAAGCCAGGAAAAUUUGACCAUCAUCUAAAAAGCAUCAGACUGAUGAAAGGUUCACUGUUUAAAAGCAAGAGACAAUUACUGAGUCCUGAGAUACACUAUAUUGCCAAAAGUAUUCGCUCACCUGCCUUGACUCGCAUAUGAACUUAAGUGACAUCCCAUUCCUAAUCCAUAGGGUUCAAUAUGACAUCAGUCCACCCUUUGCAGCUAUAACAGCUUCAACUCUUCUGGGAAGGCUUUCCACAAGGUUUAGGAGUGUGUUUAUGGGAAUUUUUGACCAUUCUUCCAGAAGCACAUUUGUGAGGUCACACUGAUGUUGGACGAGAAGGCCUGGCUCUCAGUCUCUGCUCUAAUUCAUCCCAAAGGUGUUCUAUCGGGUUGAGGUCAGGACUCUGUGCAGGCCAGUCAAGUUCAUCCACACCAGACUCUGUCAUCCAUGUCUUUAUGGACCUUGCUUUGUGCACUGGUGCACAGUCAUGUUGGAAGAGGAAGGGGCCAGCUCCAAACUGUUCCCACAAAGUUGGGAGCAUGGAAUUGUCCAAAAUGUCUUGGUAUGCUGAAGCAUUCAGAGUUCCUUUCACUGGAACUAAGGGGCCAAGCCCAGCUCCUGAAAAACAACCCCACACCGUAAUCCCCCUCCACCAAACUUUACACUUGGCACAAUGCAGUCAGACAAGUACCAUUCUCCUGGCAACCGCCAAACCCAGACUCGUCCAUCAGAUUGCCAGAUGGAGAAGCGCGAUUGGUCACUCCAGAGAACGCAUCUCCACUGCUCUAGAGUCCAGUGGCGGCGUGCUUUACACCACUGCAUCCGACGCUUUGCAUUGCACUUGGUGAUGUAUGGCUUGGAUGCAGCUGCUCGGCCAUGGAAACCCAUUCCAUGAAGCUCUCUGCGCACUGUUCUUGAGCUAAUCUGAAGGCCACAUGAAGUUUGGAGGUCUGUAGCGAUUGGCUCUGCAGAAAGUUGGCGACCUCUUCGCACUAUGUGCCUCAGCAUCCGCUGACCCCGCUCCGUCAGUUUACGUGACCUACCACUUCGUGGCUGAGUUGCUGUCGUUCGCAAACACUUCCACGUUCUUAUAAUACAGCUGACAGUUGACUGUGGAAUAUUUAGGAGCGAGGAAAUUUCACGACUGGAUUUGUUGCACAGGUGGCAUCCUAUCACAGUUCCACGCUGGAAUUCACUGAGCUCCUGAGAGCGACCCAUUCUUUCACAAAUGUUUAUAAAAACAGUCUGCAUGCCUAGGUGCUUGAUUUUAUACACCUGUGGCCAUGGAAGUGAUUGGAACACCUGAUUCUGAUUAUUUGGAUGGGUGAGCAAAUACUUUUGGCAAUAUAGUGUAUAUCUAAAAGCUGCAGUCUGAUAUGGAGAAGAAUGCAGCACUUUCUUGUUCCUCACAUUGCCCUGACACCCUGGUGCUGAGGCUGACAGCAGCUCAAUAUAUGUCCUGUGAACUGACCUGAGAUCAUUAUUCUUCUGCACACACUUUAGCUGAAACUCUUCUAAAAGGAUAUCGUGAUGACUGCUUGCUUUUGUAAAACUUUUUAAAUGGAUGAAUCAGGGUCCAGAUCAAGUCUGUGCAAUGACCCUUAGCCAGCUAUGGAUUACAGACUUACUAGGAAGAAAGAUUUCUUAUUAAUGCACAGCAAAAAAAAAAAAGACUCCUUUUCAACAUUUAUAUUAAAUUGUGUCAAAAUAUGUGUUCAUACUUCAUUUUCUUGUGUUCAAUAUGUUGAGAUGUAAGUUUAAAAUAUAUAUAUAUGAGCAUGCACUCUUUGAUUCAGUGGAUUCAUGUGUAAAUGUAGUGUUUGGUGAAAAAUUGAUUGUUUACAUGAAAGCAGGUGGCUUACCAAUGUCACAUUAGAAGUAAUAAAAAACAUUCUACAAAGAAAGCUGGCUACAUUGCCCAUUUCCCUUGCAUCAACCCUAAAAAGGGAGUGAAGAAAAGAUAAAAUCCUUUAAGCCUUACAAGUAUUUCUUGUAUAUAAAAAUACAUAUUUGUCCACUAAGCAAAAAGAUUCCUCACUCCAAAAUAAAAUUCUUUCCUAGAAAAUGCAUUGAUUAUGUUUACCAUCUGAAUUCUUGUGAAAUCAUACACAAAGGACCAGAGUGCAUGCCUGCUUGAGACUAAUGGGAAUAGGAUGUGCAAUUUAGACUGUAAAUACUUUCUUUUCAUCACAGCUGUCUUUACACAGGUCCCAUGUUUAUUUUAUUUUGUCUUGUUCUUAAUGUGUUGUUUCAGUGGAAGGGUUUUGUCUUGUAUUUAAGAGAACCACUGUGGCUAAUGUACACAAUGAGCAUUCAAUAAAAAUAUAAUUUAAUCUUUA